CGCAGACACCCCAGACGACCUUCCCAACAUGGCGGGGAGAGGCAGACGCGUCACUUCCGGGAGCGCGUCGGAUAUAAGCGGCAGGAUUUCCGCUUUCGCUCCUUUCCGGCGGUGACGGCCUCCCCACGAGAACAUGCCUCUCGCCAAGGACCUCCUUCACCCCUCGCCUGAGGAGGAGAAGCGGAAGCACAAGAAGAAGCGGCUGGUGCAGAGCCCCAACUCCUACUUCAUGGACGUCAAGUGCCCGGGAUGCUAUAAGAUCACCACCGUCUUCAGCCAUGCACAGACCGUGGUUCUGUGUGUCGGCUGCUCCACGGUCCUCUGCCAGCCCACGGGCGGGAAGGCAAGGCUUACAGAAGGAUGCUCCUUCAGACGGAAGCAGCACUAAAAGCUCCCUGAAUCAGAUGAACGGGAAACCAUCCCAAUAAACACAUUUUGGAUAUAUCCUGUUUAUUGUCUUGUUUUACGGCUAGGAAGUUCCUCCUCCAGUAUUAAGGGGCAACCAGAAGAGUGGACUGCUAGUGUCACUCGGGGCAAUUUGUGAAAUAAAAUGAAGGCAGUUUGCAAGUCAAAAGUCCACCGUGCUGAAUACUCCUUACCUAGAAAGAGGAAAGCUGUUGAUGCCAGCACCGCAAAGAGGGUAAAGAGGAGGACCUGGUAAGAACCCAUGAACUUCUGGAGGACACCUGACUCUUCACACUGAUCUAUACCUGGACCAGAAUGAAAGAAUGUUUAAAUCCAGGACAUAGUUAUAUUUAAAUAAACUUGUGUGACCAGGUCAGACAAAUGCCUGCCAGUCAUUCAAAUUCCAGCCUUUUAGGGUAAUGAUACCUUUUUUUGAUAAGUUUAAGGGAUAAGUUCUGCUUGUGGCUUAUUCCUAUUUCCAGAGCAAAACACACCCAAUUCUUGACUUUAUUUCUUUCAACUUACCAAAGGAUAUUUUAAAUCUUCUGCUGUUAAAAUACAUCUCUUGCUUCCUUCACCAGUUUAUAACUUUUUGUGGACCACCAGUGAUCUCUUAAAACUUGGGCACCCUGUGCUUUUUUUUCUCAGGACGUCAUUUCUAGGGCACAUUCUCACAACCGCAAUAAAACUUGUUUUUCAUUGUUUUUGGCAUUGCCUUUGUUUAAAUUCUUCUGGAGCCUGAGAGCUCAGUGGGCCAAGUCCUUGGUCUGCAUGUAGGUGGCGUGAUUUUUUUUUUUUUUAAUUUCUCCCGAGCUCUUUUGGGUGGCCCCAGAAGCAAAAAACUGAAUCUGUAGUGGUUAGAGUAGUGCUUCGUGUACAGGAGCCUUGAAAUCCCCUAGCUUUAGUGAAUGUGGCCCCCAAGUAUUCUUGGUGAUUUUGUUUUGGGACCACACCCUGAAGUUCUGGCACCAUGUGAUGUUGGGGAAUCCCAGUGGAAUGUUCUCUCAGCCCAACAAAAAUUCUCACUGAUGAGAAAGUUAACUCUUAUUAUUCACCCACAUAAACUUUGUUUCUAGCUCUGAAUCAGUUUUUGUCAUGGCAACUCCUGUGGAACCAGUGGGUCCCACUAGUAAUUUAAACUGGUAAUUUUCCAUUUCCUUAUCCAGUGUCCUCAACCAUUGCUUUUUUUUCUGUAGGUGGUUUUUUUGUUUUUUUGUUUUUUUUUUUUUGCUUCUUGGGUGACACCGGGUGAUGUACAGGGAUUGCUCCUGGCUUUGCACUCAGGAAUUAAUCCUGUCGGCGCUCAGGGCACCAUACGGGAUGCUGGGAAUUGAACCCGGGUUGGCCGUGUGCAAGCCCUACCUGCUGUAUAGUACCCGCUGUACUCCAGCCCCUCAACCAUUGUUUUUA